CUUCACCACCUCGCAAUCACACAAAAAUGGCGCCAAUUGCAGGAAAGAAGCGUCGCAUUGAAGACGAGGUGCGACCGAAGAAGAAAAAAUUCAUCAAAAAGCAAAAGACAUACCACAGCUCCUCGGAAGACGAGGAAGACGGGCCUGCACAGCGAGCAUCGGAUGCGCCCGCGCCAAAAUAUGUCCUGAAAGCGAAGGAGACUGUGAAAAAGUCUGAGAUACAUGUAGGUACAACGACAUCCAAGCCGAAAUCGAUAUUGAAGCGCGUUGUCCCGGCACCAAAGCCGCCUUCCGAGCCUUCCGAGCCUUCAGCAUUCGGCGAUGACAGCGAAGAUGCAGAGGAGGAAGCGGCGGAUGGAGGAGUGGACGUGCUUGAGAGGAAUACCGCCCUUAACGGCCUGCCAGCAGAAGGUUCUGAGAAUGAUGACGACGACGGACUUCCAGAGAACGACGAACCAGAUCUUGAUCAGGCAACUUCAGCCUCUGAUUCAGAAUCUGAUGGGCACGCCUCAAUCACUUCCUCCCAAGCCCGAACGAAGAAGAAGCGAAAUGAUCCAGAUUCAAUGGCAACAAGCAUGCUCAAAAUUCUCGACACGAAACUAACUGCAUCCAAACGAGCCAAUCCUCUACUCAGUCGCAGCAAGACCCCUGCCGAAGCUGAUAAGCAACUCGCGGAUGCAAAACUCGAAUCAAAAGCUCGAGCGCAGAUACGAGCAGAGAAGAGGGCACUGGCAGAAAAGGGCCAUGUCGCAGAUGUUCUGGGCCUUCAAACACCGAAUGUGGAUACAGGAGCAAUAUUGGAAGAGGAGAAAAGGCUCAAAAAGACGGCGCAAAGAGGUGUGGUAAAAUUGUUCAAUGCUGUGAGGGCGGCACAGGUCAAGGCUGAGGAGGCAAGAGCUGAGGCGAGGAAGGAAGGCGUGGUUGGCAUGAAGAAGAGGGAAGAGAGGGUUAACGAGAUGAGCAAGCAGGGUUUUCUCGACCUGAUAUCGAAGGGAGGCAAGGCUGUAGAGGCAUGA